AUGGCUACUACAACAUAUGACACCAUCAUUUUCGACCUCGGAGAUGUGCUCUUCGACUGGGAUGAGCCAAAGAACGUUGCAUCCCUUGCCGCGCUCCCAAAAGGUGCUAUGAGAGAGAUGAUGAACUCAACCACUUGGUACGACCUCGACCGCGGUCUCCUACCUGCAGAGGAGGCCUACAAGAUCAUGGGUGAGGAGCUCAACAUCGAGGCGUCGCUGGCCAUUGAUGCAGCAGCCUGCUCCUUGCGAUGGGCCGAGCUGCUUGCUGCGAAGCCUGGGCUGAAGGUGUAUGCCAUGUCAAACAUUUCCAAGGAACACUUCGAGUACAUACGGACGUUGCCGUUCCCAUGGGAAGCAUUCACUCGCGUCUUCACCUCCGCCGCCGCCGGUAUGCGCAAACCGGACCUCUGCUUCUACCAGUACGUCAUCAACGAGACUGGAUGCGAUCCUAGCCGUACCAUCUUCCUUGACGACCGUACCGAAAACAUCGUCGCUGCUAGAUCUUUUGGCAUCCGGGGUGAGGUUGUAACGGAGAACGAGAGGACCAAGGAAGGAAGGAUAUAUCGAUUCCUCAGGAACGUGGUCCUGGGAGACCCCAUAGCACUUGCAGAAGCCUUCUUGCACUCCGAGAGCGGAAAGCUGGAUUCAAUCUACUCCGAGAAGGGGGUGAUUUUCAAGGACAACUUUGCCCAAUUGUUGAUAUGGGGAUUGACUGAUAUGGAAGAUAUCAUUUACCUUUUGUGGCCGGACGGAACGCGCUGGAAGGGAACAUCACGAUGCUCAUCUCCAGAUGACAAUGCCUCCGUGGCCAGCUCAACCGACUCAGCUGUUGUUCUCAACGACAAGGCCAGAGACGGCAAGAAGUCACGCCCUCUUCAGGACGGCCUGUGGAACUACUUCACCGAGAAGCCAGUUGGGACCACCGAGACAUUCCCAGCCAACGCCGACACCACCUCGAUCGCCUACAUGACCCUUCCGCAAGAGCACCUGCACCGAGUUGCCGAUCCCAAGCUUGUUCUGGAUGCUAUGGCCUCCAACGUGAACGCCGAUGGGAUCAUGCAGGUGUAUUUCACAUAUGACAGGCCACGCAUCUGUGCCAUUGUCAGCGUGAACAUGCUUCGGUUCUUCCUGAAGUAUGGAGGCGAUGAUCUGGAUCUGGACACAGAUCCCCGCCUUGCUGCCACACGGAACUUUGUUGUCAACUGCCUGGUCAACAAUGCAGUGAUGAACGGCACACGCCAUUACACGACGACUGAAAGCUUCCUUUACUUCGUCAGCUUGUUCUACGCCGAGCUCAGGGCAAAGGCCGAACAGAACCCGACCAAGAACGCCAAUGUGUGUCAGACGCUCAACAGGCAUAUCUAUCGCUCGCUGGUGCAGUCAUUGGGGAAGCCUGCUAACCCGUUGGCUUUGACGAUGCGGGUGCGCGCUUGUCAGGUAUUUGGCAUCGACAGAGACCUCCUAAAAUGGGAGAUGGACGAGCUGCUUGUCCUUCAAGAGGAAGAUGGAGGAUGGCCGGCGGGUUACUUCUGCAGGGCAGGAAGAACGGGUGCUGAUAUCGGUAGCCGGGGUUUUACGACAGCGAUGGCUUGGCGAAUUCUGAAGGACUAUGAGCGUGAGGAUUGUGCCUUCGUCUUUUCCUUCUCCUUUUCUGUCGAUACUCUUCACUGUCUCGGAAGCACGAUUGCCUCCCGUGACCAAUCUACAACUGCAACCGGGAUCAUGAGCCGCACUCAGUGGGACGAUGGCCUACACGUAGUGAACAGCAGAGAUGCGCCAGAAGCUGUUCUUCCUGGGCAACGGGUACCCAAGGAGCCGGCCUCGACAAUAGCGACAUCAACUUAUCCGCAAUACAGCCCCCUGGUGCAACCGUAUUCCUCCGGGCAGCAAGAUCAGGAACAACGUGGACACUUCCUCCCACGAUCAGGCGCAUCUUCGCCGGGCCUGGAAAAGGCCACCCCAAAGAGGAGGAUAUGCGGCCUACGGAGGUCCACGUUUUUCUUGACAGUGGCGCUUCUGGCUGUGAUGGUGAUCGCGGCCGUCGGAGGUGGUGUGGGUGGAUCGAUAGCGGUCAAGAACGCGAAGAGCACGACGACAGCCCCCUCCACCACAACAGCCUCCAUUAUCACGGUCCCGACCGAGGGCGUUCUCGCGUUCGACUGCGCAGCCGUCGCCUCCAGUGGCCGCCAGAUUAUAACGUUGGAUUCGCUGAGCUGGGGGUUCGGCGUGAGCUGCAAUCAGGACUUCUGGGGAAGUGGGAUCGACGUCGCCGGUUUAAUAGCUUAUUCGUUCGAGGACUGUCUCCAUUCGUGUGCACAGACGAACCGAAUAACGAAGAACGAUACGUGCGUCGGGGUAGUGACAUCAGAUCAUUUUCACCUUUCGUUUGCUCGCGUGUGGGACAACAGAAAUUCCAACCAUGAACUAUAA